ACCUAACCGCCAAUGUUCCCUUCCUUAUCAAACCCAACAGCAGCAGAAAUCAAAAGAGAAAGAAAAGAGAGGAGAGGGUGCAAACCAGAGAAGAGAGGAGAAGGGGGAGAUCGCGCCGGCAGGAGUCGCUGCCGCUCGCCGCGCCGUCGUCGUCGCUGAUGAUGGAGGACCGAGGAGAGAGUGUCGCGGAGAAGGGGGAGCUCGCACGAGUGAGGAGCGUCGCCAUCGCCGCCAUCCUCAUCUCGCUGGUCAUUGUCACCGUCGGGUCACCUUGCCAUCGCGGGAGAGAGGAGAUGCAUGAGCUAAAGGGUGCUGGAAGACUGCCGCCGCUGUUUGCAUGUCGCCAUCGCCACUGCCGCGUCUUCCAUCAGCGCUGUUGCAUGCGAGGAGGAGGUGGAGCUUAUCCUCGCCGUAUCUGCACCGCUGACGAGCUGUGGUGCACCGCAAAUCAACCCGGAGCUGCCGUCCCCUACCGCCGCUGUCAUGGGCCGCGUGGGUGCUCCCUUGAGCUGCCGCCGUCGUUGUUUGGAUCGCGGUGGUCGAAAAGGCUGCUGAUGGAGUUGUCACUGGAGCCGCUGCCAUUCUGUUUCUCUAUUACUUUCUGAGUCCAGUAGUGACAGGUUCAGAAAUCCUUGGCGCGAGGCCGCGACCGAACUACGAAGCUUAACAUAUACAUGUAUUCCUACUUUCUGUAUUUGGUUUAGUCAUAGAUUUUAUUUUCCCUUCGCCGUCGGUUGUUUUGAUUUUUAGAGGAGCAGGACUUGUAUUUGACAAUCUUUGAAUAUGUCUAUGUAUAUAAAGCUAUGUGAAUAUUUAUACUUCUGGGGUUAAGUGAUUUAAGAUAAAGUCUCA